AUGGGUAUUUUGGAGAAAAUUUCGGAAAUUGAGAAAGAAAUAGCUAGAACUCAGAAAAAUAAAGCAACGGAAUACCACUUGGGUUUAUUGAAAGCGAAAUUAGCGAAGUAUAGAUCCCAGUUACUGGAGCCUUCUAAAAAAGGCGGUGAGAAAGGGGAAGGAUUUGAUGUAUUAAAGUCUGGUGAUGCUAGAGUUGCUUUAAUAGGAUUCCCUUCAGUUGGUAAGUCGACCCUGCUAUCAACUCUGACACAUACUCACUCUGAAGCUGCCAGCUAUGAGUUCACAACACUCACAUGCAUUCCCGGAGUCAUUGAAUACAGGGGAGCUAACAUACAACUGUUGGAUCUACCUGGUAUCAUUGAAGGGGCUGCUCAGGGUAAAGGAAGAGGACGGCAAGUAAUAGCAGUAGCUCGUACUGCGGAUCUGGUUCUUAUGAUGUUGGAUGCCACUAAACCGUAUGUACAUCGUGCCUUGCUUGAAAAGGAAUUGGAGAGUGUGGGAAUCAGACUCAAUAAGAAUAAGCCUAAUAUAUAUUUCAAGAUCAAGAAAGGCGGCGGUCUAUCUUUUAACUCAACAUGUCAACUCACCAAAGUGGAUGAGAAGAUGGUUCAAAUGAUCCUUCAUGAAUACAAAAUAUUUAAUGCUGAGGUGCUGUUCCGUGAAGACUGUUCCGCUGAUGAGCUGAUAGACGUCAUUCUUGGUAACCGUGUGUAUCUACCGUGUCUAUACGCCUAUAAUAAGAUCGAUCAGAUAUCAAUACAGGAGGUCGAUCGCAUCGCUAGACAACCACACACGGUCGUCGUCAGUUGUAACAUGAAAUUGAAUUUGGACUUCCUGUUAGAAACGCUGUGGGAAUAUCUGUCGUUGAUCCGAGUUUACACCAAGAAACCUGGUCAGCCGCCAGACUUUGAUGAUGGACUUAUAUUAAGAAAGGGUGUAACAAUUGAGCAUGUAUGUCACUCCAUCCAUCGUUCGUUGGCUGCACAGUUGAAGUAUGCAUUAGUAUGGGGAACCAGUACUAAGUAUUCACCACAGCGUGUUGGAAUCGCUCACACAGUCCACGACCAGGACGUUGUACAGCUCAUUAAGAAAUAA